AGAAUUUGUAACAAAAACUCAAAAAUACAGGGGCCAGGUUGCAAACCCUUUUCUUCAUCAUCAUACCAAAAACAAGUUUGCUUUGGAUGGAGUGGCGAGAUAAAGAGUGAAACAUCGCUGCUACGUUGUGUUCUGAGCCGAUCAACAACUGUUUGAUCAACCGAUUACAAAAGGGUUUCUCAAUUUCGCAUUCCGCUUGUUCAUAUAUGGUGUUUAUAGAAUCUUCUCUCGGUUUCUGAUCAAAUGGCAUCCGCCUUUCUUUCAAGAACACUCUUUGCACAUCGUUUCGUCUCGUCUUUCGCCUUCAACCAAAAACCCCAAAAAUUAGCGCCCCUUUUCUUCAAGAAACCCCUUCAUUCGUGGGCUUUCCCAUCUCAAUCGGUGUACAGGAGGCAAACCUUAGUUCGUAGUGACAUGGCUUCCACCAUGGUCGGAUCUACAUCUCCUUUCUCAACACAGUCCAUGUCAACUUCCGAGCCUGUUGUUUCAGUUGACUGGCUUCAUGCCAAUCUUCGUGAGCCUGAUAUGAAGGUACUGGAUGCAUCCUGGUACAUGCCUGAUGAACAAAGAAAUCCACUUCAAGAGUAUCAAGUUGCACACAUUCCUGGUGCUCUUUUCUUUGAUGUAGAUGGGAUAUCUGAUCGCACUACUAACCUGCCACACAUGUUGCCAUCUGAAGAAGCAUUUGCUGCUGCUGUUUCUGCUCUUGGUAUUGAAAACAAAGAUGGAGUUGUUGUUUAUGAUGGUAAGGGGAUCUUCAGUGCUGCUCGUGUCUGGUGGAUGUUUCGAGUUUUUGGACAUGAUAGAGUAUGGGUGUUAGAUGGAGGCCUUCCUAUGUGGAGAGCUUCAGGUUUUGAUGUUGAAUCGAGUGCUUCAAGUGAUGCCAUAUUGAAAGCUAGUGCUGCCAGCGAGGCAAUAGAAAAAGUAUACCAUGGCCAAGCUGUUGGUCCAGUUACAUUUCAAACAAGAUAUCAACCACAUCUUGUAUGGACACUUGAACAGGUUAGAAAGAACACAGAAGACCAAACACAUCAACAUGUAGAUGCUCGGUCAAAGGCCAGGUUUGAUGGAGUUGCAGCUGAGCCUAGAAAAGGAAUAAGGAGUGGCCAUGUGCCUGGGAGCAAGUGCAUUCCUUUUGCUCAGAUGUUGGACAGCUCACAGACACUGCUAUCAGCGGACCAACUUAAGAAAAAGUUUGAACAAGAGGGAAUCUCAUUGGAGGGACCUGUUAUGGCUUCAUGUGGGACUGGAGUUACCGCAUGCAUUCUUGCAUUGGGACUCCAUCGACUUGGGAAGACAGAUGUUCCGGUUUAUGAUGGAUCUUGGACAGAAUGGGGAGCACAAGAAGAUACUCCUGUUGCAACUUCAACUCCAACUCCAACUUCUUGAUUUUAACAAACAAUUUUAUGGGGUGAUAAUGGGCACAUGUGAACAAGCACAAAGAUGGAGAUUGUGCAUCAUAAACAUGGACUUUUUGUAUUUCAACUGUUUGAUUUGGUGGGUGGAUUCUUUUCGAUUUUAUGCAACUAAAAAGUCGUGUAUUUCGGUGCCUAUGUGUCUGACUUAGGCAACAAAAUUGUAUUUUCAUGUUGAGUAUCAAUUUGGUUGAUGGAUUAGGGUUUGAAUUGCACAUAAGUAGAGGGUUUUGAUCAUGAGUUGGUGGAUCGAAAUAUCGUAUUAGCCUGUUUGAUUAUGCAAUUCAAACUCCGAGAUGUUAUGUUAAACACGAAUAAAGGUUGAGUUUUGAUUUGAGGUCCUAAUUUGUGUGAUAUGAGCCUAAUGUAAUGUAACCUCCAAAUUGUUUGUAUGUUGUGUAAAUUGAACCAAAUAAGAUGUCAAGGUGGUCUAGGGGUGAUCAAACACUUCAAAGGGAAGGGAGUUGGCAUGCGUUCAUAUAUUAUAAUAGGUUGCAAUCUUGGAGUGACUUGUCGUUGCACAUGCAUGUAAUAUAACAAAUGUUGGACAUGGUGCAAAUUUGACCACAUAAGAUGGAUGCUACGCAGUGGACAUGUGGUAGAACGAUCAAAGGUGUAAGAUACAACAAAAAAAGUUGUUGCAUGUCAUUAAUAUGUCAAAUGUGUUGAUGGAUGUCCUUAGAGAUGCAACCAACACAAGUGGCUUUGGGUGCAAUGGUUAGUGCUUCAAGUGGAAGGUUGGUCAAGAAGGGGAUGACUCAGUGUUGAUAUGGAAGAGGAGCAUGGGAUAACACUUCCUUGAGCUAAUAUUAAUAUGUUGGUGUGUUCUCUUUGUCAUCAUACUUCAUUCAAUUAUCUUAUUUUCAAAGUAACAUGUUAUGAGAUCGUUCUUUUACGCAAAAAUGUUGUAAG